AGGACCAUCUCACGUUCUUUCCUCGAGGUGCAACUAUACUUUGCCUCUCAUGUUUCGCGGUGAUCUUCGCUCGCUUGUUUCGAAAAGUUUCAGUUGUGGGGAUAAAAGGACAGCUAAACCUUCCAGGGGAUUUUUUUUAAACAACGUGGAAGACCAUCGAGGAUGAGCUGCCAGUGAGAGUGACCCCUGAUUCUGCCAGAGUGUCGACAGCGUAAAAGUUUGCACCAUUCUGCCCAUACCGUUUCCCCUGUCUCUCUUCUCUCCACCCCUCCCCCACAACCCUCUGCUCUCGCCCCUUACCCCGCCUCUUCCCAACCCCAGCCCAGUCUCCAAAAUGGACUUGCACCGGGCAGCUUUCAAAAUGGAGAGCUCCUCCUACCUGCCCAACCCAUUAGCAUCCCCAGCGCUAAUGGUCCUAGCAUCAACGGCGGAGGCCAGCCGCGAUGCCUCCAUUUCCUGCCAGCAGCCUCGCCCGUUCGGCGUGCCAGUUUCUUUGGAGAAGGAUGUUCACCUUCCCUUCAACAACGGUUCCUACACGUUCGCCUCCAUGUACCACCGGCAGGGCGCCGUACCACCAGGCUUCCCCAAUAGGGACUUCCCUCCUUCCCUCCUACACCUCCAUCAUCAGUUUGCCCCUCCAAAUCUGGACUGCUCCCCCAUUAGCAUGCUUAACCACAGUGGUGUUGGGGCCUUCCGGCCAUUCGCUUCUCCUCUGGAGGACCGUGAUGGAGCGGGAGGUGGAUACCAGUCCGCCUUUACCCCAGCCAAGCGGCUAAAGGGCUGCCUGGAGGCCGAGGCCUCCCCACACCUGCGCUACUCGGACGCAGAAGGAAAAGAGUAUGACUUUGGCGGUGCUCAGAUCCCUUCCAGCUCGCCUAACGCUCACAAAGCCGUGGAAGAUGUGGGGAAGAAGAUCUUCGCAGUGUCAGGCCUGCUGUCGGACCGAGAAACCUCGUCCAGUCCAGAGGAUCGCAUUGAGCGCUGUAAGAAGAAGGUGUCACUCUAUGACAGUCAGGCUCCCAUUUGCCCCAUCUGUCAGGUGCUGCUGCGUCCAGGAGAACUUCAGGAGCACAUGGAACAGGAGAUGGAGAGGCUCACCCACAUGCACAUCAGCAAGAACCCAUCACACAAGGACAUCAAUGCAGCUCCAGGCACACCGAAGUCUCUCCUGUUGUCAGUGCACAUCAAACGUGAGGGCGAGUCUCCAGUUGUGUCCCCGCUCUCCUCUGAUGAAGCUCACCAUUCUGACAGAUACCAGACAUUUUUACGAGUUCGAGCUAACAGGCAAACACGAUUGAAUGUCGAUGACCUCUGCUGGUGCAGGCGCAACGCCAAGGAAAGUUUCAAAAGUCCCCCAAUCCCAGUUCCCAGAGGAGUGCCCCUAGCCCCUUGCUGCCUGCGGCAUGCCCGGAUUGGGAAGAUGAAGCGCCGGAAGCCUGAGGAUGGACAGGUAUGUCCACUGUGCAGCGCCCCGCUGACAGGAACGGAGGAGGAAAUGAGUAGGCAUGUGGAACAAUGUCUGUUCAAGAGGGAAGGUGGAACAGAAGAGGAUUCUGCUGAUGUCGAAGGGGAGAACGGAACGCGGUUUGAGGAGUACGAGUGGUGUGGACAGAAGAGGGUCCGAGCUACUACAUUACUGGAAGGUGGUUUCAGAGGGACAGGCUUUGCCAUGUGUAGUACGAAGGAGAGCCAUGAUAGUGAUGCAGACCUGGAUGUGGAUGGAGAUGACACACUGGAGUACGGCAAAGCCCAGUACACUGAAGCAGACAUCAUUCCUUGUUCUGGAGAGGACCAGGGAGAGGCUAAAGAACGUGAGGCACUGCGUGGGGCUGUUUUGAAUGGUGGUGUGCCAUCCAAUAGAAUAACACCAGAGUUCUCAAAAUGGGCCAGUGAUGAAAUGCCAUCCACCAGUAAUGGUGAGAGCAGCAAACAGGAGCCGAGCUCUUCAUCUUCGUCCUCCAUGCCGAGGACCUGUAAAAACAGUGAGAUCGAGAAGAUAACGGAGGACUCCACAGCGACCACACUGGAGGCACUAAAGGCCCGCAUUCGAGAACUGGAAAAGCAGAUCCUCAGAGGAGACCGAUACAAGUGUCUCAUAUGCAUGGACUCGUAUACAAUGCCUCUCACCUCCAUCCAGUGUUGGCACGUGCACUGUGAAGAAUGCUGGCUAAGGACUCUGGGAAACAAGAAGCUCUGCCCACAAUGCAACACCAUCACCUCGCCAGGGGACCUCAGGCGUGUCUAUUUGUGAGCAGAACAGCCCGGAUUCUUUUUUUUUAUUUUUGUUUGACUUUUCGUUUCCAUUUUUGCUUGUGUUUUUGGUUCCCCCAGCGCCUGAGGGAGUGAAAUGUCGUCCUGACCAUGAGAGGCUUGAGACAGACUCACACUGACUUUAAAUGGGGACGGACUUCACAAGCAUUGGACUAAUGAAGACUGUGUAGACUCAGUCCUCUAAUAUAAUUGCUUAUGUGAAGAGUCUUCCAGCCUCCCUCUUGUGUUGGUCCAUGUUCCAUUCUCUCCAGAGUCAGCUUGGUUCCUUAAUGAGGAACCUGUUCUUCUCAGAUGAAGGAAAGAUUACUCAUUCUGUCCCUCCACCCGCACUGCUGCUGCUUUUCUUCAGCUCCCACUGUCGCUACUUCUUCACCAAGACCACUGACGUCAUCCUGACUGGAACAUCAGCCUGACAAUAAGAAGAGACUUUAAAUGGCCCACCCUAGGCUCUCCAGAACCCCUCGAUCUUGAUUCUUCAUUGUGUUCACGUUUGCCCCAAAUCAUAACUUCUUUUGUGGUGUUCUAGUGAUGUCAACAAAAUUCAAUGAAUCCAUGCAAGCACAUGUAUUAUAGUCUGUAUGUUUACAGUGUUGUGAGUAAAUGACAUACAGAACAAAACACACUUGUAUACACGUGCACACAUGGACAUACACAUGCACAUACAGAGGUAUAUAUUGAAUAAAAGUCCAGUUUUAGUUGGGGGUGGUUUGGGUCGGGAGGGAGGGGAAAUGUUUCAAUCUUGGUGAAUAAAAAAAAAAGGAAAAAGAAAACCCUGUGUAUUUUCAAAGCAGAUGUUGUCUUGAAGUUAAAGUUGUAUUUCAUUGUACAGGAAGAAAUUUAAGUAAUGAUAAUAAACUACUCGAACUAGGACUUAAAAGAUUUAGGUGUACGUUUUUCAUUGAAAUAUGCAUUAAAACUGUAGAUUUAAUCCUGAAGCAAGGGAAAGUAUCUUUCUUUUUCUUUGCUUUUUUUUCGAAGAAAGUGAAAGAUUUGCUUUUAUUCACCCACGUUUUGGACUUUAAUGCUGAAUGCCGUCUAUCUGUUACAAACAAUUUAAAUUAUUGAACUUACAAAUAUUAAGACCCCUGACCAGAUGCAUAGACCAGUUUCUUCCCUCAGAAAAGAGACUUUUCUGAAAACAUCAAAUACUUAGGGUGGUUUCAUUUAUAAGUUACAUUCCGAUUUCCUCUCUGAGACUUUAUUUUUCCUUGAAGAAUGAACUGGAAGAGUCCAGACUUGUUUCCCUGACUGACUGACUGCUCACGUUUUUCCCUAGGAGUGAGACUGUGUGCUUUAUAUUUGUACAUCUAUGUAUUCUGUGAUUUCUGUAUUGAUGUAAGUGCAAAAAAAAGGAAGAAAUGAAAGGUCAUUGCUGAUCCCAACACCACAAUAAACAGUCAAAUGUU